GAAGAAGAAGUCGACCGUGGAGAGCAGGCCGGUCGUUGUGUCCCAGUCAUGGCGGGUUUCAGUAAAUAUCUGACAGCUAGGAACUCCUCCAUAGCGGGCAGCAUUUUGUUUGUGUUAGUCCUGCUGAAGCACAGGAAGCGGACCAAGUCAAACAGAGGAAGCUCAGAUCUGGUGCUGAACACACAGAAGGAUGGCAAGAAAGAUCGGGCAGCUGUGGACAAAGUUUUCUUUCUCCGGAUCCUCCGGAUCCUCCGGGUCUUGGUGCCUCGCGUUUUCUGCAUGGAGGCUGGCUACCUUAUGUUUAUUGCUGCCAUGUUGGUGGCCAGAACCUACUGUGACGUGUGGAUGAUCCAGAAUGGGACCAUGAUCGAAAGUGCAAUUAUUGGUCGUUCGACUAAAGAUUUCAAGAUCUGCUUGUUGAAGUUUAUUGAAUUCAUGCCAAUUAUAUCCUUGGUGAACAACUUCCUGAAGUUUGGUCUGAAUGAGCUGAAGCUGAGGUUUCGUGAGAGGCUAACCCACCAUCUCUACAACCAGUACCUGCAAGGUUACACUUACUACAAAAUGGGAAACUUGGACAACCGUGUAGCCAACGCAGACCAGCUGCUGACACAGGAUGUGGAGAAAUUCUGCAACAGUGUGGUGGAUCUGUACUCCAACGUCAGCAAGCCUCUGUUAGAUAUUGGCCUGUACAUCUUCAAACUGACAAGUGCCAUCGGUGCCCAGGGUCCAGCCACCAUGAUGGUCUACCUGCUGAUCUCAGGGCUGUUCCUGACCAGAUUAAGGAGGCCAGUAGGCAAGAUGACCGUGACUGAGCAGCGUUACGAGGGAGAGUACCGCUAUGUGAACUCUCGCCUCAUCACCAACAGUGAGGAGAUCGCCUUCUACAAUGGGAACAAGAGGGAAAAACAGACCAUUCAUAGCGUUUUCCAGAAACUGGUGAACCACCUGCAUGACUUCAUCUUCUUCCGGUUCUCUAUGGGCGUCGUGGACAGUAUCAUUGCUAAGUAUCUGGCCACCGUGGUGGGAUAUCUGGUGGUUAGCCGGCCGUUCCUGAACCUGUCCCAUCCACGGCACACACACAGCACACACUCGGAGCUGCUGGAGGACUACUACCAGAGCGGCAGGAUGCUGCUGAGAAUGUCCCAGGCCCUGGGCAGGAUUGUUCUGGCUGGCCGGGAGAUGAGCCGGCUCUCAGGGUUCACGGCUCGUAUCGUUGAACUGAUGAAGGUGCUCAAGGACCUUAAUGCUGGCAAAUACGAGCGCACCAUGGUGUCCCAGCAGGAGAAGGAAGCAGAUGCUGCAGAGAAACUGGUUCUGGUCCCGGGCAGUGGUCAGAUUAUUAACAAAGACAAUCUAAUCAAAUUUGAGAAUACUCCCCUAGCAACACCCAAUGGAGACAUCCUGAUCAGAAAUCUUACGUUUGAAGUGAAGUCUGGCACUAAUGUUCUUGUGUGUGGACCCAACGGCUGUGGGAAGAGCUCCCUGUUCAGGGUGCUGGGAGAGCUGUGGCCUCUGUUUGGUGGGCAUCUGACAAAACCAGAGAGGGGGAAGCUUUUCUACGUCCCACAGAGACCCUACAUGACUCUGGGUUCUCUGAGGGACCAAGUCAUUUACCCCGACACCCAUGAAGAACAAAAAAGGAAAGGCAUCUCUGAUCAGGUGCUGAAGGAAUACCUGGAUAAUGUUCAGCUGGGUCACAUCCUGGACCGGGAGGGCAGCUGGGAUACUGUCCAGGACUGGAUGGAUGUUCUCAGUGGAGGGGAAAAACAGAGGAUGGCUAUGGCCAGACUGUUCUACCACAAGCCCCAGUUUGCGAUCCUGGAUGAGUGCACCAGUGCAGUGAGUGUGGAUGUUGAGGAUUACAUCUACACCCAUUGCAGGACGGUGGGCAUCACCUUGUUCACUGUGUCUCAUAGGAAAUCCCUGUGGAAACAUCAUGAGUAUUAUCUGCACAUGGAUGGAAGAGGAAACUACGAGUUCAAGCCCAUCACAGAAGAAACAGUGGAGUUUGGUUCAUAACUACCAGCUGCUGACACCGGCACAAAUUUCCUGUUGAUUUAGAAACCCGUCCUGUUUUCUUUCUGUUUAGUGUUUCUGUUUGGUGGGUGGGUUGCACUCGUGGCAGCAGUUCAAACUACUCACCGUUAAAUCCUUAUCACUGUUGUCCUGUCGAAACAAUAAUUUGUUCACUGCCAAACGUCGGUUUCCGGCCUUUAGGCUGUUUCACACUAAGAGGUAGACGCAUGCUACUGUGUUAUCACUGCAGUCAUGGAUCAUAACAGUACCAGGUUUCCUUGUAAUGAGGAGCAGGAUGCUGUUCUUCAUGUGAGUGUGAUGCUCCUUACAUGUGUCUGUCUGGGAGCUUCUGACUGAAGAUGAGAGUUGAGUUGACCUUUGGACGGUCCUUCACUCGUAAUUAAUGUUUUAAUGAGCUAAUGUAUGGAAACAUUUGUGAGGAGGCGGAUCCUGUGGCGUCACAAACCCCACAGACUUCACACAGGACAUCUCGUCUUGUUGCAACCACUCACAUUUCUCACUCUGGAUUUCCCUCGCUCUCCGGUAACCUUUAGCUAAACUUGGUUUAGGUUCAGAUUCACAAUGACGGCUUAUUUGUUUUUGUUUUUUGUUUGUUUUUAAAUUGUGGUACCAGGGUGACAUCUUGCACUCCACCUACAGGUGACGACACCAGCAAGCAUUUCAACUUUCACAUGUAGCUGUGGGUCAUAACGAAUACCUGUGGGGGAGUUUGUGGGGAGGGACCCCUUCUCUGAUGGCAUAAAUGUGCUUGCUUGCUGCUUCUGUCAUUACUGGCUGUUUCCCCUCCUCUCUCCAAGCCGAAGGAUAAAGGCCGUCUAAAUGUGCCAUGAAGUUAAAGCAAGUUUGCUCAAUGACUUUUUCUGUGGCUGUGGGACAGAGUUAUCGAGGCCUGUGGUUGUUUCAUGUUAAACACAUUAUAAGUGCUGUCACAGACAGCAGCCUGUAGUUUUCCAGAACUUUGCUCUUGUUUAUAAAGCUGGUCUAAAUGAAUAUCUGGACUCUGUGAUCGGACAAACAAACAAUGGAGAGAGAGGGAGAAGCAAAAUGCAGCUCGUUAAGUUCAGUGCAGCGUUUUUAUUUAUGAAAAACUGUAAUGUUGGUAACAGUACGAGCUGUGGUUCUGGAGCUCAAAGAGUCAUUUGAACCUGGUGGUUGUCAAGCUGCACUUUCUCUUGUUUUUAAUCAGUAAUGAUAAAACUGGUCCACACUCGAACAGCAAAUAAUGACUUUGAGCAUUUCCCUUCUCCAAGUGUCAUUACUAAUUUUCAUGAAUGAAAUGUAGAUUCUGUGGGUGGUGGGACUGAAGCCUGUGUUUGUUUUGGGGGGUUUGUACCUUAUACUAAUGUUUUAAAAAUGUAAAGGGGAGCCUUAACUGCGUUGGUAUUUUCUAUAAUUAAUGUUAUCUCACUUCAGAUUAAUGAAAUAAAGAGUUUUAGAAACUAUUUUU